AUGGUGUGUGCUGGGGGCCACAUCGCCAAGACCCUGGGGUACCUGGAGCUGGGCACCUCCGGCCUCCUCAAGGAUGUCCCCUACGGCACCCUGAAGCCCCCGCUGCUUGACCCUGGGCGGCUGAUGCCGGCUGAGCCCCCCCGGGGUGUGGGGACACCCUUGGGUGCUGCACGGACCCCCUGGGACUGGCAGAAGAACCAGACGGCUGGGGAACUGCCAAAUCCCCGUGCCCGGCGCAAGCCCUCGCUCAAGUCUGGCCGCACCAAGAAGAUCUUUGGCUGGGGCGACUUCUACUUCAACAUCAAGACACUGAAGUUCAGCCUGCUGGUGACUGGGAAGAUCGUCGACCACAUCAACGGGACCUUCAGCGUCUACUUCCGCCACAACUCCUCCAGUACUAUGGGGGAGCCGAGGUGGUGGACCAGAUUGAGCUGCUGUGCGAGCAGCGGGCUCUGGAGGCGUUCGACCUGGAUCCUGCGCGCUGGGGCGUCAACGUUCAGCCCUACUCAGGGUCUCCAGCCAACUUCGCAGCCUACACAGCCCUGCUGCAGCCCCACGACCGCCUGA